AUGUAUGGGUGUAAUGAUGGUGGUGGUGGUGGCGAUGGUAAUGGUGGUGAAGAUGGUGAUAAUGGUGGUGGUGAAGGUGGUGUUAAUGGUGAUGGUGGUGGUGGUGGUGAUAACCGUGGUGUUAAUGGCGUUGAAGAUGGUGGUAAUGAUGGUGAUGAUGGUGGUAAGGGUGGUGAUAAUGGUGGUGAAGAUGGUCGUAAUGGUGGUGUUAAUGGUGGUGGUGAAGGUGGUGUUAAUGGUGGUGAUGAUGGUGGUAAUGAUGGUGAACAUGGUGGUAAUGGUGGCGGUGAUUGUGGUGAAGAUGGUGGUAAUGAAGGUGAAGGUGGUGAUGGUGGUAUGGGCGUGAUGAGUGUAUGGGUAUAA